AGGAACGUGUCGUAGGAUGAUGACGUAUGCGAAGUUGUCGCAGAGUGAGAAAACACACGAGGGUUGCGAUAAUCGCAAACAUCUUCGCUCGAAAUGGGAAAACAGAAGAAGCAAAAAUAUGCAGCCACGAAAAGACUGAUAAGUCUUAAAGACCAGAGGAUAAAGGAAAAGGACCGGGCAAAAAAGCAAGUGAAGAAAAAAGAAGAUCCCUCGGCCAUUAAAGAGCAGGAAGUAGCAAAGUAUCCAUCAUGUCUGUUCUUCCAGUACAAUACUCAGCUUGGACCUCCAUAUUAUAUCCUUGUUGAUACCAACUUUAUCAACUUUUCCAUUAAGGCCAAAUUAGAUGUUGUUCAGUCAAUGAUGGAUUGCCUUUAUGCUAAAUGUGUUCCUUGCAUUACGGACUGUGUGAUGGCUGAGCUUGAGAAACUAGGGAUGAAGUAUCGAGUGGCGUUACGGAUAGCCAAAGAUCCCCGCUUUGAACGCUUACCUUGCUCACACAAAGGAACAUAUGCUGACGACUGCUUAGUCCAGAGAGUAACACAGCACAAGUGUUACAUUGUGGCCACAGUUGACAGAGACCUGAAAAGGAGGAUACGAAAGAUCCCAGGAGUCCCAAUCAUGUACAUUUCCAAUCACAAGUAUAACAUUGAGAGAAUGCCGGAUGAUUAUGGUGCACCAAGGUUGUAGUACAAUGAAUAUGAGGUUUUGGUUAGUUUAAUAUUUUUAUUGUAUUGAUAUUGAUAGGACAUUUACCCCUGUAUAAAAUUUUGCUCAUGAAACACAUCUGUUAAGUAUUCCACAAUAAAGACUUUGGUAUGGCAA